AUGUCCCUGCGCCAGACACCCACUGCGUCUGCGAUGGACUCGAGCAUGUACAACCAGUGGGUACAGUCCCCCAUCCAGGACAAUGUCCCCGUCGACCUCGCCGCCAUCGCCACCACCAACGAACUCGGCGAGUUCACCACCCUCACCGAUCUCACAGCACCCGCCUCUGUCUCCCAGUCCUUUUACCCGACAUAUGCGGGCUACUAUCUCUCCUCGCCAUACACAAUGGCAUAUGGCACCCCGUGGCACUCGUCGGUGCCUCUCUCCAAUUACUCUAGUCUCAAUGGUGCCACCACCAGCUCUUCUACUCAAAACCAGAACCAGAACCAGAGUCAGCAGCAGCAGCAACAGCAACAACAACCACAACAACCACAACAGCAAUCCCAGUCACAGCCAUCGCAGCAGCAGCAGUCUCAACCGUCGCAACAACAGCAGUCUCUGGUCCAACAGCAGCAGCAGCAGCAGUCACCCCAACAACAACACCAAUCUCCCCAAAUUCCCCACCAGACCGUCCAGAUGCAAAACAACACAUCUCACAUGAUGAUAGACCCAGCCCUGACUCACAAUGGCCCCAGUUCCAGCUCAAUGCAAUCUUCCUUUGCCCUCUCACCCUCUUUCACCCCCUCUCAACCGCAGACCCAACAGCAACAAGCUCAGCAGACCCAGCAGCAGCAACAAAUGCAGCAGCAGCAGAGCCCUCCAUUCUACGGCCACCUCAUGUACGCUUCCUCGUAUUAUCGCCCACAACCGUCCGCUCCGCAAGGCACGCUUUCCCCUCAGGCACUGCAUUCCCCGACAAAUUCCAUAAUGUCGUCCUUGAUCCCCCAGACUUUUUUGUCACACCAAAUACAAUCCCCCAUACAGACUUCCCCACCUCCCCAACACCAGCAACAACAACAACAGCAGCAGCCAGCGCAACUCCAACCCCAACAACGGCAGUUUCAACAGCAAGUUACUUCCGCCGCAUCGAGCUCUGCGACCCCGACAUCCACCGAUGGCCUACAGGUGCAGGGUCAGACACCCCCCGCACAGUCACAAGGCCUGACUACAGAAGCCAGAGAAUCGCGCACACGCGCGUUCGAGGCAUCCAUCCGACCUCUCCUGCAGCCCAACGCUUUCAGCGGUGCACAAGCCGUCAACACGCUCACAUCGCUCAUCGCCGAUUACGGCGCGAGCGAAGUGGACGCCGCCAUGCGGCUUGAAAUUCUCGCGCGCAUUCGGGAUGGCGCCGGCAAUCACUAUUACCGCGCCUGGUCCGAGAACACGACCGCGAUGGACAUUACGCGUGAGUGGCUCAGGGCCUCUGCGAGGACGGGCAACACUACGCUUGUAGACACAACCAUGCCUUUGUUACACCUCAUCGAUCGCCUGCCACUAACUUUUGAAUCACUGAUAGCAUCGAAACUUGGUAAAAUCAUCUUAAAAUUAGUUAAGGAUGAGCCUUCUCCAGCGAUCAAGGACAUGGCAUCCAACCUGGAGCGGAGAUGGCGAACCAUGCUCAACGAAGCGGAAGGCAAUGUGGGCAACGCGAAAGCCCCGGAAAAUAAAGGAAACGAGGAUGCGAAGACGAAGAAGAGGAAGCUCGCGGACGGUGCGCAGCCCAAGCCGUCUCAAGCCUCCAAGAAAGCCGCCGUCGGCUCCUCGUCGGCGAGCAAACCGCAAGGCAUGAAACGUGAGCCCAACGCCGUUGCAUCGAGCUCAAAGUCGUCCUCGUCGUCCUCGCAGUCCGGCAGCAGUAGCAGUGGCAGCGGCGCAGGUUCAUCCAAAGACGCCGCAAAAGCCGACUCGUCCUUUUUCUCCGCACCGAAACAAAAGGCCAAGUUGCCAUCGUUUAAAAAGGCGCCGCCGGUGAAGAAGGAGGACUCGGGGAUGGGUGUGAUGGGACAGAGCACGGUGAGCGCGACGGCGUCGUCGUCGUACGACGCCUUCCAGGAGGCGCUGAAGUCAAUGAAUCGGCGGAAAGACUCGCCCGCUGUAUCUACGCCGCCCUCCGCAACCGGAUCAGGCUCUGGCACGGGCCCCAACGCGGGCGAAGGGGGUAGUGGAGGUGGCCAGCCGGGCCUCGGUAAGAACGGUAAACGCAAGAAAACAGUGACGUGGGCGAACGAUGACCAGCUCGAGUCAAUAAAGCUCAUUGAGCGCGCGGUGUAUGAUGACGAUCCCGUAGAUGGUACGCAUUUUGCGCACAGCCUUCGCGAUUUGGACCGAGGAGAGGGAGCAGCACUGCACUCACGUUUGUUUGAAGAGACUGGAGACUGGGCCGAACCGAUGCCACUGGCGCUGUCAACGGAGACGCCAGAGCGGGGCGGACAAAGUGAGGAGAAGAAAACGCAGGAGGAGAGGGAACAGACGGCUCUAAGUGCGAUGUACAUGUCGGCCAAUCAGAUCCCUGAUUCCCCAGCUGAACCCACGAACCUGAUGUCCGAAGACGAAAGCGAGCAACGUAUCACCCACAUGACCGUCGGCGAGAUGGAUGCCGUAUUCUGGGCUCCCGAGCCUCCGGUCCUGCCCCCCAAUCCACCCGCUGCCGUCCAUGCCGCCCCCGCCAUCCCCACCACCGGCAUUGUCCCCGCCGGCCAGUCCGUCGCAGAGCUGGUCGGCCAGCUGGGCCCCGCCGAUCCGAACGCGAUGAUCGGCAUCACCCCGAAUGUACCUCCCGUUGUUACCCCGAACGUCGACUACACCUCGUAUCAGACCGUGCCGCCGGACCAGCUCCAGCAGUUGUUGCAGCAGCUGGCGGUGUACAAUGUAAACAACAUGGCCGGAGCCCAAAAUGGCACUGAAGGGUCCGGGUGGGCAUCAGGCAGCAGCAACCCAUAUGGGGUAGAUUACGGAAGUGCAAACGGGUAUCACGAGGACACGGACAUGCAGCAGCAGCAGCAGGCGCAGCACGGGCGUGGCAGCUGGGGAGAUGGCAGAGGGCGCGGGGGGCGCGGACGAGGACGAGGGCGCGGGCGCGCAGAAGAAGGCUUUAGACCGUAUAUGAAAAGAAAACCAUGCACUUUCUUUGCAGCAGGCAGAUGCAAAUACGGUGACCAGUGUGACUUCUCGCAUGACCCGAACCCCAAUUAG